UUAGGCAUGACAUGAUAGCUUUCUUUUCAGCUCGAACUUUAAUUCCUUAUCGAAUUUAUCCAGCUCAGCUGGCGAUGCUCGUCUCGUUCAGUUAGUUUUGUAGAUCUUCUAGUUGGUGUUACAUUUUUUCCGACUAUUUCCUAAAUUGUGUGUGCGUAUGUAAAUAAAGUUCAACAACGAAUCAAAAGUCCAAGAUAAUGGCGAAUCUUCUUGAGGAUUUUUUCUAUGAUUGUCAUAGCGAUGAUGACAGUGACGACGAUAGCGAUUUCGAUCUUGAGAAUAAUAAUUGUGAUCAGAUCGUCAGGGCUGCUGGCGGCUACAAUACUGAUCGUCAGUUGUUGCCCAACCUCGACGAUCCCGUUGAGAUACGUCGAACUCUGGAACGUGUUGCGAAUACGACACGAUUGCUUCUUCGUAGCGUGGGUGGUAAAUGCGAUCGCUAUGAGCCUUUAGAGCAGCAGGUAUCCCGAUCGUUCUUUUAUCCAGCCACAUUGGAGAUAAGCGCUCGUCUGCUUACGGAUAAGUCGUGUCCAUAUCCCCCAAGUGGCCAGUGUCGGCUGCGUGGCGAUCCGGUUACAUUAAAGCUGCCCAUGGAGCUUAAUCCGUACAGCGGUCAGGUCAAUCUCAAUAUAUUCCAGCCCGGACCAAAACCGUUGGCCAGCUGUUGCCAUUGUGCCGGAUCUGGCGAUAGACGCAACGUACCUGUAGCUAAACCCGCACCGGAAUCUGAUCCCUCACUAGACCCUGGAGUCGUCUCCGCGACACUCGGACACGGUGUCGCACAACGUCCUGGACUUGGACUGGGACCUGGCGGCAUGCGUCGGCAUACCCAACGACAUGAUGGCGUCCACAAAAGCGGACGGAAGGUGCGUUGGCCGGAGUUUUUGUGAACUUGAAGACAAUAAUUGUGGUCGUGCAUUCAUCAAAACAUCAUUGUGGACGGAUGGCAAUAGAGUUUUGUUGCUUGAGUUAUCGAAGACACGGCUGUUAUCGUUAUAGAAAUAUGGAAUUCUCAAUGUGCAGUCUAGUCAUCUUUGUGGAGGAAGAUAGGGAGUUUCGAUAACCACUCAACGGUCAGUUGCGUUAUCGUUAUUUCUUUAAUAAAGUCUCAGUUAUCGUUAUCGAA